AUGGGAGCUGAAAGCAAUGAAAGUCUUGACAUCCUAUCUGUCUUCCUAACUGGCAUCCCAGGAUUGGAGGCCCAACAUGGCUGGCUUUCCAUUCCCUUUUUCACUAUGUAUAUUGUGGCCAUUGUGGGUAACAGCCUAAUCAUGGCAACAGUGCAUGAGGACACUGCUCUACAUGAGCCCAUGUACCUGUUCCUCUCCAUGCUAGCUGUGACUGAGGUUGGUGUUUCUGUGUCUGCACUGCCCACUGUCAUGGGUAUUCUUUGGUUUGAUGCCCGCCAGAUUGACUUUGAUGGCUGCCUGGCUCAGUUCUUCAUCCACACCUUCUCCGGCAUGGAGUCAAGGGUCUUGUUGGCCAUGAGUUAUGACCGCUUGAUAGCCAUCUACAAUCCACUGCGAUAUACAGCCAUUCUAACCCUGUCCUGUAUCAUCUGCAUGGGUCUGGGAAUCACAUUGAAGAGUGUGACAUUCAUGGCCCCACUUUCAAUCUUUUUGAGGCAACUGCCCUAUUGCCAUGUUAAUGUCCUCUCCCAUUCCUACUGUCUCCACUCAGACCUGAUCCAGCUGCCUUGUGCUGAUACUAAGCUCAGUAGCAUCCUGGGUUUGUCCAUUGUCCUGGCCACUUUUGGGCUGGACUCACUGCUCAUCAUGGUUUCUUAUGUGCUGAUUCUUUACACAGUGCUGGGCAUUGCUUCUGGGGAGGGACAGUGGAAGAUCCUCAACACGUGUGUGUCACAUAUCUGUGCGGUGCUUUUGUACUAUGUGCCUGUGAUUGGUGUGUUGGUGAUGCAUCGUGCUGCCAAGCAUGCCUCACCCCUGCUGCACACACUCAUGUCUAGCAUCUACCUCUUUGUGCCUCCUGUGCUCAACCCCAUCAUCUAUAGUGUCAAGACCAAGCCAAUCCGACAGGGAAUUUUCACCUUGUUCUCCUGCAAGAGGAAAUGGCUCUGA